AUGCUCGAUGAGCUCAAUGCUGCCCUUACAAGGGCAGGUGCUGCAGGGGAGCCAGACGGGGAGGCAGCAGGUUGGGGACGGGAGGGAGUGGGAGACGAGGAGUCUGGCGUGGUGGGAAUCGAGCAGGACGCGGGCAGGGACGAGAGGGAGGAGGCAAGUGCAUCAGGGAGGGGAGGCGCGGUGGCAGGGUUUCCGGUGCUGCUGGGUGUGCCGGUGGCAGUGAAGCAGGAUCUGAUCCACGUGGACGGCUUCUCCACCAGAGCAGGCGCGCUGCCAGGCUUCCCUGCUCUGGACUCCGUGUUGGGGAUGAGGGAGGGCGAGGUGCGUGCAGGAGGCAGUCCUUCACGCCUGGGGGCUCCAGCAGCGGGUCAGCAGCAGCUGUUGCAGCAGGCAUCUGUCCGCUGGCCCUCGGUUAGUCUCCCUCCUCCUGCUCCCUCCCCUUGCUCUCUCCUCCCUUCACCUCCUCUCUUCUGCUUCUCCUCUUCCACACCUACCUCUCAUCCCCAAUGCCACCUCUUGUCCCCGCUCUCUCUCCCCUCUGCUGCUGUCUCCCCUCCCUCGACACCCCCUUCUCCACUCUGCAGCAUCACAGACGUGUGCAUCCAUCUCCCGCCCAGCAGCCUUCACAGCCACGCCAUCGCCCUCCCUGGACCAGUUUGGAGUCAUCGCAGCUUCAGUGCGCUGGGCUGCUCUCUGGGGUCGAGCCGUGCUGCCCCACUGGCGGCCCCCAACCCCCUCUGGGGCAGUGCACGAGGCACCUCUGGUGCAGUGGCUCCCGCAAUCACCAUCACCGCUGUUGACCGCACUCAACUCCUCGUCUCUGCUUCCCUCUUACACAUCUCACCUGUACGCCCUAUCUGCCUGCAAACAACCCCUCCAGAGCCGCGCUGUGUGGGAGUCCCUGAGGGGCCGCUGCUGGAGCAGUGUGAAGGGGGGGCAGCGUGGGAGGCGUUUCAGCAGCUGCUGGCGCAGAUGAGGGCGAGCAGGUGCCACCUGGCUCUCAUGGCGUUUGAAUAUGCUCGCUUCCUGGACUCCCUCCACCUGCCUGACCUGCCAUCUCUUGUCUCCCCGCCUGUAAGCGCAGCGCACAGCGCACACAGCACACCACCCACCACCUGUGCUACAAAACAAAUGCCUGCUGCUGUUAUGUUCACCCCACACACGCCAUGCCUGUAUGCGCCUUGCAGAAUCUCCUGA